AUGCUUAUUUUUCUUAUUAUUUUUCUUUUUUCAAUUAAUAUAAUAAAUGGCAUUAAGGAAAAUACGACUAAUAUUACAUUAUUAUAUAAUAAUUCAUUACCAAUAGAAAAACUUUUACAUCAACAAUAUGAUAAUCGUCAAAUAAAAUUAAAUCGUACAAUUAAUAAUCGUCCAUGGAAAAAAUCAAAUUCAAUUGAAACAUUAAAAAAAAUAAUGGCUACUUAUCGACCACGUUCAUCAAUAAAUAAUCGAACAUUAAUAACAACUAAUAUUACAAGUAUGUUCAAUUUAUUUAUCUUAUAUAAUUAAUAUUAUAAUUUAUACAAUAGAAAUUAUUUAGAAUUUAUUUAAAAUAAAACAAAAAAAAAAUAUGACAAGUUCAUAAUUAAGAAUAUGUAAUUAUCUAUUAUGACAUAAAACAUUCUAAAUAUUAUGAAAAACAGGAGCAGUUGCUUUUAUACUAAGCUAGUAAAUCAAUGGAUAUAUUUGUCAUAUUGAUAAGUGAUAUCAUCAGUUAUCAAUCAUUGAUGUCCUAACUUCGACACAUGUCUUGUAUGUUAAUUUAUCUUCAUACUACCAGAAAAGUAAUGUUUUACCCAGAAUUUCUCUUUUAAAGAAAUUAUUUCUAACUCUGUAUACGCUAACAUCUGUUUAUUUUUUCUCAGAUCACAAACAUAUAGUACGUUAUAGAAUAACUAUAAAAAUUUUCAUAGAGUCAAUCUAAUCUUUGAUGAAAUAUCAUUCCUAUAUUGGAUAAUAUAGACUAUAAGAUCGUUUUUCCAUGGAUCUAUUUUUAGCACAUGUUUGUAUUGAAUCUUUGACUUUUAUAACAUAAACUAUUGGUAUAGAUCGACCGCAGAUUAACUGAUAGCAUAAACACAAUCAUAUUAACAAGCAAGUCUAUAGUUCAAUAUAAAUAAUCCUUCUACAAUAUUUUCUUAUGUUAAUGAUAGUGGCGGAACUGGAAUUUUGACGAUGGGGAGGCUCAGCUGGUUGGACUCUAAGCAUAGUUUAGUUGGCACUGCUUCGUUCGGUGUUGGAGUUCAGACAUCCCUUGGCUACGCAACUAUUUAAUGAUCUUGAGACUUGAAUAAUCAAGUAUACAAAAAUUUGUCAUUGAACUUUUUCUUAUAUCUCAUAAUGAAAAAUUUCAUUAUCUUUAAUCAAUAAAUUGUUUGCUUCUAAGUCAAUUAUAAUAAAUAAUUUCAAAUCAAAAUUGAUUUUAUUUUGACAAACGAUCAUUAGUCAUUCACACAAUGAUGAUUUCAGAAUAUAAAGACAUACCAAAAAUAAAAUACUAAAUCUAUGAUUGAUUGACAUCAAGAUUGAUUAUUAUUUAUCCCUUUGAGUGCCGACUUUUUUUUUUUACCGAAUUUAAAUUUGAUAAAACAUGUUAUUAAAUAGCUAGAUGAUACUGCGAAACCUGUGGUUAAGUUAAAAUUAAUUAAAUUCACUUUUUGGCAUAUUCCUGAGGGGGACCAAAAUGUGAUGAAAAAUGAAAGUCUCAAAAACGAUAUGAAACAUAUAUAGAUCGAUGCAGUUUUGUGUGCUGAUUCAGAAUAUGAUAAUUGUUUGAAGUCAAAUAAACUUUAUUCUCGUCGAACAGUGUCAAAUACUAGUCAAAAAGAGCAAAAAUGAAUGUUGAGGAUAGGAGUUCGACAGAAAGUGAUUCACUAGACA